GUGCAACGCCUCCAUCUCGCUUCUCAAUACUGCGUCUUUUCUUGGGUGCCUUUUAAUUAUCACUCAAUUUUGUCAGUUCACCUUACUCGGAUCCUAGAUCAACCCAAACUCUACAAAUAAUAGAGAGGCAAUGUCUUUUAUCGGCCAUAAUACAGGAUUCGACAAGAGACACACACAGGGCGAAAAUAUAUCUGUUAAAGCAGAUGAGACUCCUCUGUCGGCUGCUAGUCUUCCAAACCCGAGCCAAAUUCCCUCCGUUACUUCCAACAAGGCAUUGGUGCCCGAUGUGCCUCACGGCAUCGACCCUUCACACCUGACUACCCCCGAGAAGAGACUCUACGACUUCUUAUGUUCCCAAAGAUGGAAUGAUACACAGUGUUCUUGUUACUUCACUCAUAUCGAGUCGAUGAAAGAGGCCCUUUCCCACCAUUUCUACUCGCAAGGUUGGAGCGACGAUCAAGUGCAAGCUCUUCACGAGCGUUGCCAAAUGGAAUUACCGGAGAAUUUUCCGGCUCCUAGAGGUGAUGCCGAUCAAGAAGAUCUGCAGAUGCAGCUGAGAUUAGUGGAAGAAAUGAAUCGUAGAAAGGCGAUUGGAGAGCGCAUGUACCCGUCAACUAAGACUAUAGGAACGGGGAUUGCUGAGGAGAGAAGGACUUGAGUUGGAAAUUCUUCAGGGCAUUAUCAUAUGUAUGCCCGUCUAUCUCUGCUUAGCUGACAUAUAUCUGGUUCUUUCGCUGAUUUUGUAAAGGAGAAAUGCUGAAUAUUCAAUAUGCAAUAUGUCAAUUUGUCAUAAGGCUUAUCACAAGCUGGAUGCUCACA